UCGUAUCAUCUGCAAUUAUCAUCUUGUUUAGAAGAUCUCCCCUCAAUCACACGUCUUUAUCCGCUUGCUCAUUAUCGUGAUCUAUCCGUACUACUAUUCAUGAUUAUCGCACCGAUACAUACACAGUAUAAGUCAACUAUUCCAUUAGCAUUCACUUGCUCGUCAUGGAAAACUUGGAAGAUUUCCUCAACAGUCUCGCGCGUGUUUCCGAGGAAGAAAUACUUCCCGAAGAAACCAGCCUGACAAGCACAAACGCUUUGCUCUACUAUCUACCAUGGGGUUUCACCAUCUACCGAACCCAUUACGGAGAAGAUUCUGAUGAGCAUUGGACAGCACUCGUUCAGAUGAUACGCGCUGAUGUCAAGAGCCAGAUUUUGGACAAACGCGAAGAAGACCCUCUGGCACAGCAAUUGCUGUCACUUUUUACUCUUGAUGCGCGCUCCGACGCCAGCAAAUAUGAUGGCUUGAGCAUGGAUGAGCUGCGCAUCGCAUUCCGGGACAAAAUCGGUGGCGAACCCAUGAAUGCAGAUAGGCGAGAACACCGCGUUGCUUUGCUAGUCGACCAAGACGUUAUCGAUGCGCAGCGAGCCAUGGUGGGAGUUGCCAGGAAUCAACCGUGGGUGAAGUGCGUUGAAAUCGAUUAUGUUGCCAGCGAGCAUGAGCCUAGACAUUGGCGCCUGCCACGGCAAACGUACUUUGGGUGGAUGAAACUGGACGCGAGAAACAUACCUCAGUUUUGGGAUCAGCUGACUGUACAGUGGAUGUUUGAAUUUGCACCCCAAGGCGGUGGUUAUUUUUUUUCUGCGGGUUCAAUAUGGGAUUAUUAG